UGUAUUGUCGAUGUUUUUCUCUGUAUUAUUAUUAUUGGUGUUCGAAAAAUAAACAACUAUUACGCUUUGUUGAUAAAAAAAAAUAAAGACAAAAUAUCCGGUAUUUGAUAUCAAUAAUGAUGAAAAAAUAAAAAAUUUGGACAAAUUUUUUAUGCAAUAAUCGGCUUUGAACUGUGACAUUAUUAACAGUUCAUUUGAUAAAUUGUCACACAAACAUAAAUAAAUACACAGAUAUAAAUAUUGAAAUUGUUUUUCAAUAAAAAAUCAUUUGUAAAAAUUUUUUUUUACAAAAUUGAAAAAUCAUUUUGUGGGUGGUGGCAGCACUCUCCAGAAAAAAAAAAAAAAAAAAAUAUAACGUGAUUACAUACAUAGAGAAUUGACAAAAGAUAAAUCACAAAGAAAAAAAAUUAAUAAAAAUACUGUUCAAGGGGAAACAAGGACAGCUAAUAAUUUUGUAAAAUUUUAUGACGUUGACCAACAAGCUAGAUUGAGGCUUUUUUUAUUCAAACAAAUAUUGUUUGUCAUUAUUUAUGCUAAAAAAAAAAUAAAGAGUCUGAUAAAUCAUUCAGGCAAGUUUUGUUGGAAAUUUCAUUGAGAUGAUUGACCUGGUUUUUUAAAAAAAAUCAAUCAAACAUUGAUAAUUCUGUUUUAAAGAAAUAAACAAAAAAAAAACAACAUAAAAUGGCAUCUGCAUCUUCUGAAAGUUCAGUUAUAAAUUUUAUCAACAACAUUUGGACAGACAACUCAGUUGAAAAUCAACAACUCUCACCAAGUGAGUUACCAGUUGAUUCUCCCAACCCAAUGAUGAUGAUGAUGAUGAACAAUGAUGAUCAACCAGCACCAAGUAUUCAAUUGGAAAAUUACAAUUCACCAGUAAAAUCUGGAGAUGAAGCUAAAAAACAAGAAAAUCCAACUGAACAAAUGAUAACUAAUAAUGCUGAAGAAUAUUUAAAAAAAGAUGACAAUACUUUUCAAGAUAAUUCACAAGUUACAGACAUGCAAGUUGAUGAUAACAAUAUAACAACAAAAGAAAUUGAAAAAAUACCAAACACCACAGUGAUGGAUGUUGAAACACCAAUUGAAGAUAAAAAUUAUGUAGAACCAAGUACAACACAUGAUUCAUCAGCACAAAAAUCAAUAAUUGAACCAUCACCUGGAGAAAAACGUAAACGUAGUGCAUCAAUUGAUGAAAAAAAAGAUAAAACAAUAGAAAAAUGUGAAGAAGAACAAGAAUCAAAAUCAAAACGUGAAAAACAAACAAGUGAUGAAUAUUGCUGGCGAUGUCAUCGUGAUUCUGUUGAAUCAUUUUGUAGUACAUGUCCACGUUCAUGGCAUCGUAAAUGUAUUGGUGGUACAUCAAUAUCAUCAAGUGAAAUGAAUUGGAUAUGUGGUGAAUGUGCUUGUAUUUUAAAAGCUGAAAAUCCAUCAACACAAUCACCAAUAAUGGCUAAUUUAACUGUUGAACAAUUGUGUAUGAUUUUACGUUAUAUUGUUGAAAGAUUAAGAAUGACAGCUGGUUCUGAACCAUUUUGGAAAGCAGUUGAUCUUGAUGAAGUACCAAAUUAUCUUGAAUAUAUUGUUAAACCAAUGGAUUUAGCUUUACUUGAGUCAAAUAUUAGAGAUAAAAUGUAUGGCAGUACUGAAGCAUUUAUGGCUGAUGCAAAAUGGAUAUUACAUAAUUGCAUUGUUUUUAAUACAUGUGGUGGAACUUAUCCAGACACAUCAAAGCUAACAAAUUCAGCACGACAAGUUUUAAAAAUGGCUCGUCAAGAAGUAUCUCAAAUUGAAGCAUGUGCUGAUUGUUAUAUUAGAGGUAGAAAUUUACCAAGACCACAACCAUCAUGGUUUAUUGAAUCUUGUCAUCCACCUCAUCCACUUGUAUGGGCAAAAUUAAAAGGUUUUCCAUAUUGGCCAGCAAAAGCAAUGCCAAGAAUAAAUAAUCAAGGUUUUAUUGAUGUUAGAUUUUUUGGUGAACAUGAUCGUGCAUGGGUAUCACCAAAAGAUCUUUAUUUAUAUUCAAUUGAUCCACCAACAAUAUUACCAAGAAAAAAAAGACUAGAAAUGGCAUCAUGUUUUAAAGAAGUUGAACGUCAUUGUCAAAAAUUAGAAGAAUCAUUUGGUUCAUUUACAUAUGCACCACCUAAAACACCAUAUAAUCUUAAUGAUCCAAUGCAAAUUAAACUUCUUUUACCAAAAUAUGAACCUCCAGCUGUGCCAAUAAUUAAUUUAAUAUCAUCAAGUAAUCAGAAUACUGUUAAUUUAAGAAAUGGACGUUCAACACCAACAAAAAAUAUUCUUCCAAUUUUAAAAAGUUCUAUAACAUCACCACCACCACCAACAUUAUUAUUGUCAUCAUCUUCAUCAUCAUCACGACGAUCUGAAUCACCACAAAAAUUUACAACUGAUACUUCUACUAUGCCUGAAUUAAAUGAUCGAUUUGACAAUAAUUUACAUGAAACAUUUAAUGAUUCACCAAUUCCAACAUUGGACAUUGCUGAGGGUGUUAAACAAAAAAAAAGAGGACAAAAAUUACCAACACAAACUGAAUCAACACCAUCAUCAAUUGAUACUCAAAAAAAACCAUCUGUAUCACGUAGAGUAACAAAAAAAGUAACAGAAGUUAAAAAAAAAUUAAAAGAUGAAUCAAAUGAUAAAAAUGUUGUUAAAAAACGUUCAUCACCAACAAAAAAAAUUGAUCAUACAUCAGCACCAAAUGGAAGAUUAACAAAAGCAGCCUUAAAACAAAAUAAUUUUAAGCCAAAAUUAGAAAACAUUGAUGACAAGAGUAUUGACGAUUCAACAGACUGGAAUUCUGAUUUUAAAAAUUAUUCAUCAAAUCACAAUGAUGAACAAGAUCAAGAGAAUGGAUUUUCUGGUAGCUUAGAAAAACCAUCAACAUCAUCAAGUGAUAAUUUAGAUUUUUCAUCAUCAAGAUCAAAUAAAGCUAAAAAAUCUCAAUUGAACUCACCUAAACAAGAAGCAUCAUCAUCAUCGUCAACAUCGUCAUCAUCAUCAUCUCAAAAACCAAUGGUUUGUAUUCCAAGUGAACGAAUGGCUGCAAUAUCAAAUUAUGAGCUACCUCCACCAGAGGCUGGUCCUCUGAGUGCCCAAUUAAACAAAGGUGCCAAUGAAUUAGUCAAAAGAAUGGCUCAAAUAAUGGAAGAAACAGUUAAAGAUGCUGCUGAAAAACAAUUAGACAAUAUGGGAAAUUCAAUUGAUAAUCAUCAAACAAAAGUAUAUUCAUUAGGACUACAAAUUGAAAGAAUGAGAUGGCUUCAUGAACAACAAAUUGCUGAAUUAAAACAUAAUGCUGAAAAAACAUUACGUGAAAUGAGAUUAAGUUUUGAUGCUGAAAGAAUAAGAGUUAUUGAAGAUAAUAAAAGACAACAUGAAGAAGAAUUAACAAAAUGCAUUGAAGAGACCAAAAAAAAACAGUGGUGUGUUUCAUGUAGUAAUGAAGCUAUUUACUAUUGUUGUUGGAAUACAUCAUAUUGUUGUAUUGAUUGUCAACGUGAUCACUGGAAGAUUCAUAUGUCUUUGUGUGAACGUAAACAUUCAAAAAUUUACAAUGAAAAUUUACCAGGGAACAGCAAAGAUAAUGAUGAAGAUGAAAGUCAUCAAGAUAUCAUGCCAAAGCUUGAAGUAAAUUCUCAUUAUGCUUUGGAAAAUAUCAAAGAGAAAAUGGAUCCAAAUAUCAGCAACACAAUGGAUCCAACCGGUGACAAGAGACUUCCAGAAACAGGUGUACAUACAAACAUUUCACAUAAUAUGACAACAAUUCAAAAAAUUCAACAUCUACAGACUGUUGGAAAUAUAACUGCAACAAAUGUAUCAACAAUACAAUCAGGUCAAACUGUUAAUGCAGUUGCAUCAUCGUGUAAUACAAUUGUUGGUGAAUCAAUUAAUCAAAAAUUGCCAUUUAUUAAAUCUAAUAUACAAUCUGGUUCUACGCAGUUUUCUAAUGAACGUGGUAAAAUAACAACUCUAUGUCAACCAGUUAGAUUAAUGUCACCUGGUACAUUAACAAAUGUUGAGAGACAAACACCAGUGCAAGGACAAGGACAAACACAACAAAUACAAGCUUCACAGCAAGUUGUUACAACACUAUCAGCAACUUAUCAUGUACCACGUGGACCAGCUGCUGUUGCAAAUAUAUCAGCACCAAGAUCAACACCACUUGCAACACCAAUUAUCAGAGCAACUGGACAAUCUUCAUUGCCAAUAUUAAGACCAGGAGUCAAUACAACAGUAUCAAAUCAACCCCAGUGGGCAAAUAAAACACCACUAAUAUAUGCUCAAUCUCCAAGACAUCCAGUUGGUCGAAUAACAAAUCGACCACCAGCUGUUUACAGUGCUCAAACAGCACGUAUUGUAGCUCCAGGCCAUGUGAGGACUCCAGUUCCAACAACAACAAUUGUUCAAUCAACAGUUGUUCCUACUGUUACGACAGGAGCUCCAACACGACUACCAAAUCCAGUUUUACAAUCAAAUAAUGCUUUAACAAGGAAUACUGGAUCUCAAGUUAGACCAACUGGUCCACAAAUAACUAAUCCAAUAGUUCAACCAAAUCGACAUCAACAACAAACAAUUCAGACAAAUCAAAUUGUAAGAACAUUAUCAGGAACUCCAACAACAACAAAUCGUGUAACAGUAACAACAUCAGCUGUAGCAACAGCAAGUAGAAUAACAAGUGUAACUGCAUCUGGUGCACCAGCACUUUUAAAUCGUCAAUUAACAAUAAAUUCACCAACAGGACCAACACAAACGACAUUUGGUAGAGUAGUAACACAAGCAUUACAACAAGUACAACCAUCACAAAUACAAGGGCAUCCAAUAAAUACAGCUCGUGCUGUACCAGCAAUGUUGCCAAAUAUUAGUGGAGUACAACGUGUUAUAACAACAUCAAAUUCAUCAAAUACACGUGUAACACCAUCACAACAAGCACCAGUUGGAAGAUUAGCUGGUAUGACACUUCAUUCAGUACCAUUAUCAAGACCACAACAACCACCACCAGCAGCAGCAGCACAAACAACAACAACAACAACAACAUCAACUAUUAAAACAAUACCAGGUCAAAUACAAUUAAAAACAAAUUUACAGCCGUUACGUGUUACACCAUCAAAUAUUCCGACAACAAUUGUAACAACAUCAUCAUCAUUAUUAUCAACACCACCACCGCCACCAUCAUCAACAACAGCAACAAUUAUUAUGAAUACAAAUAAUAAUAAUAGUAAUAAUAAUAAUAAUAAUAUUAAUUCACCAACUCAAUUAUCACAAGGAUCAAUGUACACACAGUAUCGACCAGUAACAACACCACUAUCAACACCACCAAUGAGAAUAACAUCAGCAUAUAUAGUUGAAUCAAGUCAUGAUGAUACACAUGGUAAACCAAAUGCAUCACCAAGACCAAGUAUAUUACGUAAACGUGAUCAUGAUAAUUCACCAGCUAAAAAUAUUGCUAAAAAUCUUGCUCCUGUAUUAGCAUUAUUACAAGCAAGUCCACCAUUAUCACCACCAAGAGAUAGAGAAAGUGGUAAUCAAAGUUCUGGUUCAACAACUGUAUCAGCAACAUCAUCACCUGGUCUUGAUGAUGAACCAGAACAAUCAAGAAUAACAAUAAUAAAUCAAACAAUGGAAAUGUCACCAAGAAAAAAACCACGUAAACAACAAUUAACUGGUGUUGAAUUAACUGAAUCAAGAUGUACAGAAGAAGAAAUGCAAUUUAUUACAGAAGAUAAAUUAAAAAGAGAUACAAUUAAUGAUAAUAUUAUUAAAGAUAAAUAUUGUAUUAACAGAAAAACAAAUAUACAUUUACAAAAUGAUGGUCAUAUUGGAGUACGUCAUCAAACAGAUAUUAUUAAAAGAAGACCGAGACCAGGUUUACUUGGUUCAUCAUGGAAAAGUAGAUGUAAUAGUCGAUUGCAUCAUUAUCGCAGGCCGAGUGAUGUUAGACCGAAAGAAGAAAGAAGACCAACUGUUGCUGAAAUUGGACAACAAAAACAUGUUUUACAAAAAAUUGAUGGCUGGAAAGUUUAUCAAUUAACUGCACAGAUGGAAGAUUUAGCAGAAUUAGAACAACAGGUUCAUGAAAGAUUUAAAGCACAAUUGGUAAAAUUUGAAUCACAACAAACAAAUAAAAAUAGACAAGAUGAUGGUAAUGAUAGUGAAAAAAUGUUAUCAGAUCGUGUUAAUGAAUUAAUAAAAGGUAAUAUGCAACGAAGUAGUUUGAUAAGUGAAGGCAUCAUUGAAGCAAGAUCUCAAUUAAUAACAAUAUUUCAACAUAAAAGCCAUGUCAAUGAGAUACUACAACGGUGUGGCAAUACUAAACGGUCUCAAAAAAAGCGGGAUAAGUAGUGUAAUUUACAAUUAAGAUUUUUAAAAUUUAAAUAUAAAUAAAAUAAUAAUAAUAAUACAAUUUAAAUAAAAAAAAACAACAAAAAAACUUUAUACAUGGAAUGUCGAAAAAAAGAAAAAAUGCUAGACAGUACAAUUUUUUUUUUUUUAAAUAUCUGUCCCAGAUUUAAUAAAUUAAUGUUUUUUCAAAAA